UAAAAUAAUGUUAAAAAAUAAUCUAAAAUCAAGUUAUCUAGUGUUUAGAAACAAAAAAUAAAUAUUUUGAUAAUUCUAUUCGAAGCAACAAAAAGCAAACAUUAAUUUUUCAUUAUUUUCAUUUCUUGAUUUUUUCAUGAUAAUUAAAAUGCUUGAGUUUUUUAAUGAUACCAAGAACACUGUUUUGAAGCUUUUCAGGAAGUUUUCGAACUCUAAUAUAAAAUCGCCUGAGAAAAAUGAAAACAAAGCUACACAGAGCAAGGCGCAAAAGCAUCGCUCCAUUAAAAUAUCGCAUGUGAAGGAUAUUAAUAAUAUAAAAAGGAAUCCAUUUGAUGAUAUUGAUAAUGACUUCCCCUCGAGUCAACAUCGAAGACGCCUUAUAUUAAAAAACUGCAUAAGGAAACGAUUGUAUAACAAUUAUGAGAAGCAAGUGAAUUGUCCCCAUGAUGAUGGCAUGAUUUUCACAGACAACAAGAUUUAUGUAAGUCUAGCAGCACGAAAGUCAUCAGUAACUUCGUCUAUUGUUGACAGAAAUUUCUUGGAAAAUCUUUCUGCACGAAUAAUUUAUCCCUCAAGUCAAGAGCACAAAAUGAAUGGGUUCUUGAAAAACUACGAUUUCAACUAUGAAUCCCCUAAAAGGACAAUUGAACGCUUUAAGCAUCAAACAUUGGAAUAUAAAAUGAUGGCUGAAUCUCUGUCAGGUAUUUUUGAAAAAGUCAAAAUUCCUUCCACUAGAAUAUCAUCAAAUGAUCAUCAACAUACGUCCCAUCGAGUUGAAAAAUUUUCAUCAUUUGGUUCAAAAUACCAUUCACCUGCUAUCAUUGAUUGUACUCAGGGUGAUUUUGACGAUGAAGAAUGGGAAAACUUCCUAAAGCUACGAAAAUUUGAAAAAGAAGGACCCUCAAGUAAAAAUAACUCAAUUUCUCUUUCUGAUAUUGAAAAUUUGAAUCGCUUAAAGAAAUUAAUUCAAUCUGAUACAAAAAAUGAAUAUGAAUCACAAUUUAAUGAGGAAAAAUAUGAUAACUCGUUCAAUGAACAACUUGAACAAAACACCUACGCAAUAUUUUCAACUAAAUAUUUACAAGCAGAACUCUAAUGAUGCCUUUUAAUAUGUGAACAUCCAACUAUAACAUACUGACUCACAAACGCAUUAGAAAAAAGUUAUAAAAUUGAUUUUUUAUAGAUCAAUACUAAUUUAUUUAUUUUAAUUUAUUAUAAAUCACUUCAAAUAUCUAUAAAUAAAACUAUGCUUAUCGUUUUAUAAAUUGCCUCAUCAAUAGUAAGCUAACUAGUCAAGAAUUUCUUGCUUUCGUAUUAGAUAUCUGCGUAUAAAUUUAAAUUCACUUAGGCUUUAAAUAGAUAAUUUAAAUGUAUUGACGAUUUGCAAAUAUUUAAAAAAAUAAAACUUUAAAAAGAAAUCUGA